AUUUCUGUUUUCCCUAAAUUUUUUUCCAUAGGUGAAGAUGAAAAUCUAGUUUUUGUCAAAUUUUUUAAAUGUUAUCGAUGUUAUGAUGUUAUUCCAAUUAGUGCCAAACUUGUAGUAUUUGAUACACAAUUGCUGGUAAAGAAAGCUUUCUUUGCUCUAGUUCAUAAUGGCGUUCGAGCUGCUCCAUUAUGGGACUCGGCAACACAGUCUUUCGUAGGAAUGCUUACAAUAACAGAUUUCAUCAAUAUACUAAGAACAUAUUAUAAAUCUCCUUUUGUUCAAAUGGAAGAACUUGAAGAACACAAAUUAGAAACAUGGCGAAAUGUUUUAAAAGAAAAAACAAAGCCUUUGGUAAGCAUAGGACCAGAUGCCAGCUUAUUAGAUGCCAUUAAAACUUUAAUACAAAAUAAAGUGCAUCGAUUACCUGUGAUAGAUCCUUGUACUGGAAAUGUCCUGUAUGUGAUCACUCAUAAACGAAUCCUGAAGUUCCUUUUCCUCUAUUACCAUGAAUUGCCUCAUCCAAGUUAUAUGAAUAAAAAAUUAGGUGAUCUGAAAAUUGGUACCUAUGAUCAAAUAGCUACAGCUAAAACUAGCACUCCUGUCAUUACAGCACUGAAUGAGUUUGUGGACAGACGUGUUUCUGCUUUACCUGUGGUUGAUGAUCAGGGGAAAGUUGUAGAUAUAUAUGCAAAAUUUGAUGUGAUUAAUUUAGCUGCAGAAAAAACAUAUAAUAACCUUGACAUUACAGUGAAGAAAGCUCUUGAGCACAGAGACCAGUACUUUGAAGGUGUACUCAAGUGCACAUUAAAUGAUACAUUUUCUGCUGUUUUAGAAAGGAUAGUAAAAGCAGAGGUACAUCGCCUUGUUGUUGUGGACAAUGAAGAUAAUGUGAUAGGGAUGAUCUCACUCUCUGAUAUUUUAUCAUAUCUUGUUCUACGUCAUACAGAAGAAAAAAAUUAUGAUUCUUCAGAAAAAGAAAGUUCAGAUGCUCAAGCAAAUGAAAAUGGUGCUGCAGCAGAUGAAUAAAUGGAUGUUACAAGUCUUGCUAUUAAACUAAAUUUCAAACUGCAGCUUGGAGAGAAGUACUUCAUUUUUAGUUGCAAGAUGAGUCUGUGAGGAUGACAAAAUCACAAAUUCUUUUAGUAGCUCAUUAUCUACAUUGAGCGUGGCUCAAAAACAGCAAAUGUACUUCUUUGAAUUUUAUGGUGGAUCAUAUUUUGAAAUUACAGAAAAGUAAAAUAUUUGAAAUUUUACUUUUGUAUGUUGGGAUAAAAAAGACAGCACAAUAUUUUGUGCAUAUUCAGUUUGAAAAUUAUCCAGAAUUGUAGUUUUUUAAUGAAAUUAACGUUUGUAAAGUAGUUAGGUAUAUCAGUGUAAGAGCUACUAAUGUUGUUGCUCUUUUUCUUCUUAAAAACAGCAUACAUGUAUAUAACAUUGGAGGCAUUUUAUGAGGCAUUCCCUAAUAUUCUGCAUUUCAAUUCAAAUUCUUCUAUCGAAUAAAUUUUAAUGUUUGGAAAACAUGAGCACAGAAAGCUCUUAUAUAUAUUGCAAUGAAUUAAAUGUUGUACAGUUUGUAAAAUAUUUAAAAGCUGAUUUUUCGUCUGCUCCACAGUAUUAAUUUACAAAAUAAAAUUGUGAGCAAUUUAUAUAAUUUUUGACUCGCAUUCAGUGCCAUGUUGUAUGUAAUAUAUUGCCAUUUUUUAAAAUACGAGUCUAUCGCUUCUUUUAAAAUAACAUUUUUUAAAGAAAAUAUUCAUUUCAUGCAAAAUAUAUAAUGUAUUAUUUUAUACUCUUAACUUUUUAUUUUUCUUAGGCUUGCUUGACCUAUGCAAUUAUAUUGUUGCAAAUGCUUAAGAUAGGUAAUGUUUGGUGAACAUAUGAAAUGGGAAUGAUAAAAAACAUGUUGAAUAUAAUAAAUACAAUAAAAGAUAUGCUGAAUAAUAGUAAAAUAAUUUUGUGGAAUUUCUAUGUCAAAAACUUGAUGUAAUUUUGAAAAAAAUAAGGAAAACUAAGCCUGAAAGGAAUAUUUUCCUAUCUGACAUAAUGCUUAAUAUAUUAUAUUUAAGAAAAAAUACAGUUGAUAUCAAGAGACUGAUAUGCAUUACUGUUUUAAAAGAACAGUUUACAAGUUAUUCAAAAAAGUUUUAAAACUUGUACAUUCCAGACAUAAAACUUGUACGAGUUAAGAGUAUAAAAUCAAUAUUUUGAUGAUUUAUGAAUCUGCACUCAUUUUUUAAAAUUAUAUCACUGUAAUCUUGAUUUUUUUCUAAUAAAUAUUAUGAUUAUAGAAGUAA